UUGCUAUUUAUGUAAUAUGUUGGGAGGGGAGUUUCAGCGACUUCUGGAGAUGGACGUCCAACCCAGCUUAUAUUACUUUGACAUUGAGGUCAUAGUUGGAGGGGAAAUAUUUCAGCUUGGGUUAGCUAUCCCCGAGAAGUAUAGCUUGCAUGACCUCUGGAUUGACCUAAAGAAUGCUUGUAGAGUUUAUGGUAUUUACGAAGUAAAGAAGUUACAGGUUGAUGCUAUAAUUCUGUGGGAGAAUGAAGCAAAGACAAUACUGAGUGAUGAGGAUCUAUUUAAUACAUUUAAGCAACUUAGAGAGAAAAUGUAUUCCUCUGCCGAAUUGUGGUUUCAGUAGUUGAUGAAGAGUCCCUAAUUCAAACACCAGUAGUUACUACACAUAACGAGGACAAAUCUGAUCUCAAUCUCGAAGACACACUAGAUAAUGAGGUUGAUAUAGAUCCAUCUACUGAAGUUGAACUCAUGCUAAAUGAGGAUGUGCAACCUCAUGUUUUUGCUGGUAGUUCAGAGGAUGAACCAGAGUUUGUGAAUGAUGAUGGCUAUGAGUACAAUCCAUCCAGCUCAGAGUUUGAUGAUCAAUACUUAGAUGGAGAAGACGAUGGGAGCCAUCUUGAUGAUUACCAGUCCGGAGAUGAUAGUGAUUAUGAAUCCGAUGACAAUACCAAAGAAGUGGCAUGUAAUCGCUAUGAGACAGGUUCUGGUGGAUUUGAGUUUAAUGCUACACGUGAUAAUAUAAUAUUGAAGCCUGGGCAAUUGUUCGUAAACGUGAAUGAAUUCAGAAAAGUGUUACAGAUAUUUGCUAUUAGAAAUGGGUUUAGAUUGAAAAGACUAAAGAAUGAGAAGUCAAGAGUCACUGCCAAGUGUGCUGCUGAUGGUUGCACAUGGAGAAUUAAUGCAAGUCCGAAUUGGAACAAGAGAACUUUUCAAGUAAAGACCUACUGCUUUGAACACACAUGCGCACGAAUUGAUGAUAACUAUGAAGCAAACUCCAUCUGGA